AUGGUUGAUGCAGGUGUUGCUCAUGAACCACCACAUAAUUUGGUUAUGAAAAAGAAGUGGCCUGUAGCUGACUCCAUGCGAAGUGUAUUGGCGAAUGCCGACAAAGAGGAUGUUGCCAGCUACGACCGUAUCCGUACAAACGUUUCCAGUCACGCUUCCCGUCACCGCACCACAGGCAGUGGAUUUACCCUCGGUUCUGGUGCAGGAUCUACAGGCAUGAGAAGCCUUUUCUCACUACUAUUCUAAACUUCGGCAAUAACUGUACUACUACUACAAUGGAUGAAUUAAUUUUAAUUUCUAUUAUAAGUUAAGAUGAUGCAUUAAACAUAUCCUUAAAAAUGUUACUAUUAUUUUCUGAAUUGUAAAAUAUCACCCAAAAUUAAUUCUAAAUAAGAACUAAA